UAUUGCAGAGCGCGUUACUUUCCAUUUGGCUUUCUGCUGCUCGGAGAAGGAACCAGGACAAUGAGAAUUUUCCCUGGCUGGGGCUGGAUUGUUUUCCCAGGUGAGAAGGAGUUCUUUAGAGGAUGCUGGGCCUUGAUUGGCCCUCAGGAGGUAAGAGGUCCCCUGGGUGGAGUGCUCACUGUACAGUGUUGGUAUAGCAGAGGCUACGAGAAUUAUAUUAAAUACUGGUGCAGAGGAACAACUUCGACAUCCUGCCUUGUAGUUGUUACGACAGGGUCAGAGGCAAUGGUGAAGCAUGACAGAGUCUCCAUCAAAGACAUUCACACUUUCUGCACGUUCAUAGUGACCAUGAAAAACCUCACAGAGGGAGACUCUGGGACUUACUGGUGUGGGAUAGACAGACUGGGAUGGGAUCUCAUGUUCCCUGUGAAAGCGAAUGUUCUUCCAGCUGUUCCUGCCUCGCCACCGCCAGCACCAACGAGAGAGACAACAGUUCAUGCUGCUUCCAAUGAGGUUCCUUUCAGAUGGACUGCCCCUGAAGUGGCUGAAUCCACCUCCACCGUUCACAGCAGCAACUCUCAUGCAGAUACAACGGACCCAGUCCUCCAUAUUCUGACCCCAUGCAUCCUGCUGGUUCUACUUCUGAUUCUGUUCAUGGUUGCACUGUUUAGAAGGAUGUCGCAGAGGAGAAACAAAGCUCUUGAGGGAGCAUGUGGACAAAGGCAAAAGAACUUCCAUCCCUAUCGGCUGGUACCUGGAAACACUCCGUCGCCCUUCGUUACCAGUGAUCCUGUGGCCUCUUGUAAGGCAGCCAUCUGCAUGCCCAUGGAGGAGACACCCGACUCAGCAGCCAAUGAGGAUCUCUAUGAAAAUGCCAUCCAGGAGACCUAGGCUUCAAGAUCGACAGAAGAGGUUGUUCCUGGUACAGUGAAAUGUACAACCUCACAUCAGCAGACCAUCUAUGCCAAUCUGAAUCCAAACACACACAGUGGGACAGCCCCCUCUCAUCAUCAAGGAAAGCCUGGGGAAAAAAAUACUGGAUGAAGCUCAAUGCUCUUGGAACAUUCCCCCUCCUACUGUUGGAAUUUUUAGCAGCUUGUUCUCAUUUCCCUGCAGUUACACAGAAGCUUUCAGGUUCCUGUUCCUCCAUUAUUCUUCUUGUACCAGGUCCCCCUGUACUGAGAUGCUAGUGUUGCUGCUGAUUGUGUCCCAUUGCCAGCGAGACUGUUUCACAGAUUUACUCACCACACAGUGCUUCUCGUUCCUCACAUCAUCUGGAAACAGAACAUAUUCCUGGUGGUUUCACCUUCUGGAUGACUGGGAGCAUUUCUAGAAGGAUUUUGUAUGGGUUUGCAGGUUUGUCACACUCCCCCUCUGUCUGCCAGAAUUUCCUGCUUUAAAGUUAGACAAUUGCUAAUAAAAAGCUCUUUUCUCUCUUCUGGACUGCGGUCCUUGGAAUGACUCAAUAAGAGGGUGUCAGAUCCAGGUGUGUUUUGGUGGGAUGCGUUCUAUCUCAUACACCGAGCUCUAUAUAUUUCUCUCUGUCUACACAGUUGCCAACUCUAUACCAUCUAUUUCUGUUUGCUGGUCCUCUUGAAAACUCCAGUCUUGCUUUGCAUUGUCUGCACUGGGAUCUGGAUGAACAUACGUUACAAGCAGAGAUCCGGGGAGAUGCAGCCAAUAGAUGUGGGGAGAACUGCUGCCAACUUUUACACCACAGGCUUGACCCCUUCCAGCUGACAACUCUCAGUCCAGCGUUACCCCCUAGCCCUCCAUAUGUGAUGUAUAAAAUGGCUGCUCUGUUAGACAGGCUCUAGUUCAAUCACUGGUGCAGGAAUUACUGCGUGAAGAGAGAUGGCCUGAGCUAGGCAGGAGGUCAGACUAGAUGCAAGAGGGUCAGCUUGGACUGGGAUGGCAUGAAGUGCUUCAUGCUUCAGUUUCCCCUCCGGAUCAAUGGUCCUUCACAGAGGCCUACAAGCCUGCGAUGCUAUUGACCUUCUGGUCCAAAGCUCAAUUCCUCCCCUUCUAGGGAUCUGUCCCAGUCCAAUGGAAAAAUCCAAACCAAAGAAUGGUGCACAGCCCUCACUGGGCUCAGAAAGCUGCAGCCCUAUUCUUAGGCUCAAAUACGCCUUCAGCCCCUAGCGCAGGAUCUUCCAGAGCCUUCCACUUCCAGACUAACAAGUAACCCUUCACCCUUCUGUCAGGGAGCCUGGUCCCUCCCCUUGAACUGAGCUAACUAAUGAGACAGCUGCCUGUUCCAGCCCACACCUCCACCCCAUAUCUUUAUUCCCACAGGGCUAUCUCAGACCUCCCUCAGUUGACCCUCUUGGGCUUCUAACUCAGCCCUUCCUCAAGUCUCUCCCACCCUCUCCUGCCUAGGCUUCCCUGCAAGCUAAGCCUUUUCUGGCUCCAUUCCCAGAGCUCUUGCACAAGCACUGUAGACAGCCACCACUUGACCCCUACUCUGCUGCCCCAGACUGCGUUGUAUGGCAGGUACUGCCUGCAGCCACAGGGCCUUCAGUUGCCUGAUCCAAGGACAAGUCAGAGCUGGCCUUUGAACCCCUUUGAGGCUCAGCUCACCCUGUGACAUUAGGUGAUCAUUCCUAAGAGACCGUUAAACUCAAUGAGUGAGGUGAGUGCAUGCAAACAGGGAGACAUCCCAUGCUGGUUCUAAAACCCUGAUCUGGCAUUCCCAUAAACACACAUAGAAGCAGGCUGUGGGAAGUGGGGCAGCUCUGCAGUGUCCCCUUCAAGGCCACACGUGGUACUGCAGCCACUCCCUGCCUUAGUCUGUAAGAUUUGGCUGCCUGGUUGGGGAAGAGCAGCCUACUCCAUAGGCUUGGUUUCAGUCUCUAAUCCAGUACCCUCACGUUUCACCUCACUUAAAAACCACGGGCUUACAAAAUCAGAUAUAAAAAUACAAAAGUG